AAAAUAGACUUCUUAGACUUUUAGUAGUCUAUUUUGCUCUUAUUUUCCUCUCUCUUGUGAUGAAUCCUUUCUUCUUUUAGCCAAAUUAGUCUGGUUUUUUUGGCUGUCCCUUCUCAGAUUUGGGACAUUGAAGUAGUGUCUAAGGCUUAUUUGAUGACAAACGAUAAUGAAAUGAUACAUCACUGAAAAACAAGCGAAGUGUUUACCUUGUUCUCUUGGGCAUAAAAAUCUUAUCUUUCUGUGGAUUUGAUGUGAUAUUAUGACCAGUAAAUAGAGGUGAAAUGUGAGUCUUUUCCUGAAAUCAGAUAAAUGGGGUCUUGCUUUAGUGUAGAAGAGGAGAUUCAGCAGCCACAGAAUAAGGUUGCCCAUGGAAUUGCUGCAUUUCCUGGACAAGCACAUUCUGAGCUUUCCAACAAGGCAAAUGCACCACAAACCAGUAGCACUGAAGGUGCAAAAAGUGUUGUCAUAGUUUCAAAAGAUGUCAAUGAUCUGCGUCAAAAUCCCGUGAAUAGUAAUCUUGACUUGUUUACGUAUGAAGAGAUGAAGUUAGCUACCAAGCAUUUCCGACCAGAUCAAGUUCUUGGUGAGGGUGGGUUUGGCAUAGUUUAUAAGGGAGUUAUAGACGGGAAUGUGAGGCCUGGUUACAAAACCACCCGUGUUGCCAUUAAAGAGCUUGAUCCUGAAGGUCUGCAGGGUGACAGAGAAUGGCUGGCAGAAGUGAACUACUUGGGGCAACUUUGUCACCCUAACCUGGUGAAGCUCAUUGGAUAUUGCUGUGACGAUGACCAUCGGCUGUUGGUUUAUGAAUACAUGGCUUCUGGAAGCCUGGAGAAACACCUUUUCCCAAGAGUCUGUUCUACGCUAACAUGGUCAAGGAGAAUGAAGAUCGCUUUAGAUGCUGCAAAAGGGCUUGCUUUUCUUCAUAGUGCAGAAAGGCAAAUUAUUUAUCGAGAUUUCAAGACUUCUAAUAUUUUGCUGGAUGCGGAUUUCAAUGCAAAGCUUUCUGACUUUGGACUUGCAAAGGAUGGGCCUAUGGGAGAUCAAACACAUGUAUCAACCCGAGUCAUGGGUACCUACGGCUAUGCAGCUCCUGAGUAUGUCAUGACUGGACAUUUAACCGCAAGAAGUGAUGUUUAUGGCUUUGGGGUCGUCUUGCUUGAGAUGCUUAUUGGAAGGAGAGCAAUGGAUAAGAGUAGGCCUAGCCGGGAGCAUAACCUUGUGGAGUGGGCUCGCCCACUUCUUAACAGCAGCAAGAAGCUUUUGAAAAUACUGGACCCUCGAAUGGAAGGGCAAUACUCUACUAAAGUCGCCGUAAAGGUGGCAGUUCUUGCAUAUCAAUGUCUUAGCCAAAACCCGAGAGGGAGGCCUGUCAUGAGCCAAGUGGUCGAAUUACUGGAAGGCUUUCAAACACAAAGUGGGAGUCGAGAGGAGGAAAUGCUUCAGAGUGGAGGUGGAAGUGUAACCCUUUAUGAAGUCCCGAGAGGAAUGCCUGACAGUCCAGCCACAGAGCAGAAAAACCAGCUGAAAAGUGAGAGUCAAAGAGAUGUUAAGCCUCCAAAAAGCAAACAAACAAAUGGAAGGAGCAGAAGUGAGCCUCCGAAGGAGUGCGAUCUUUACGGUUCUUUCCCAGAUGCUGGACUAGGUGAGAGAAAAUUUACUUGAAGAUUGACCAUAAAGAUGAGUAUCAUCUCAUGAAGUUACUUGCCUAGUGUACCAUCUUGGAAAUCUCUUGUUUCUAUUUAGACAAUUGUAGGAACUUGUAGUUUAUUGGAAGAGACAUCAAUUUUUUUCGUGUAUACAGCUUGAGUUUUGGUA